CCAUUCAAUUCAUGCAUUGCAACAGAACGAGAACGACGCUAGCAGCCUAGCGAGCGCCUUCGCCUAGCAGUAGCAAUAAAAUGGCGGCAAACCCUCCGUCGAGAUGAGCAUCAAGAUACACUAACUGCCACACUCUCAUUUUUUCGCGAUCGCACUAUAUUUAUAUACACCCUUAAUCAGAGAAAUAAUACCCGCGUUCUAAACUUACAAAUAGAAGCAGACCGAGCGAUUUACCUGAGCUCUCGUUUCUCUUCUCCUUGGAGAUUUUCUCUCCAAACUAUCAGUCAUGACGGAUGGUCAUCUGUUCAACAACAUUCUUCUCGGUGGUCGUGGUGGAACUAACCCUGGGCAACUUAGGGUUCAUUCAGGAGGAAUUAUAUGGAAGAAGCAAGGAGGAGGAAAGGCAGUUGAAGUUGACAAGGCCGACAUUGUUGGUGUGACAUGGAUGAAAGUCCCUAGAACCAAUCAACUUGGGGUUAGAAUUAAAGAUGGUCUGUACUACAAAUUCACAGGCUUCCGAGACCAGGAUAUCACGAGCUUGACAAAUUUUAUUCAAAACGCCGUUGGAAUAACACCAGAGGAAAAACAGCUUUCUGUUAGUGGUCAGAAUUGGGGUGAAAUUGAUUUGAAUGGGAAUAUGCUGAGUUUUCUGGUAGGAUCUAAGCAGGCAUUUGAAGUGUCUUUAGCAGAUGUUUCACAGACACAGCUUCAGGGAAAAAAUGAAGUGAUGUUAGAGUUCCAUUUGGAUGAUACAACUGGAGCCAAUGAGAAAGAUUCGUUAGUUGAGAUUGGUUUUCACAUACCUAGUUCCAACACCCAGUUUGUUGGUGAUGAAACUCGUCCCCCAGCUCAGGUUUUCCGUGAUAAAAUCAUGUCAAUGGCGGAUGUUGGUCCGUCAGGUGAGGAAGCUGUUGCUACAUUUGAGGGGAUUGCGAUUCUUACACCAAGGGGUCGGUAUAGUGUUGAACUUCAUAUUUCUUUCCUGCGUCUUCAAGGGCAGGCUAAUGAUUUUAAAAUCCAGUAUAGCAGUGUUGUUCGCCUUUUUCUACUGCCGAAGUUUAAUCAACCACAUACCUUUGUUGUCGUUACUCUUGAUCCCCCAAUUCGUAAAGGCCAAACUUUGUACCCACAUAUUGUGUUGCAGUUUGAGACAGAUACUGUUGUUGAGAGCACCUUGUCAAUGAAUGAAGAUCUCUUAAAUACCAAGUAUAAAGAUAGAUUGGAACCAUCAUAUAAGGGACUCAUUCAUGAAGUCUUCACUAUGAUAUUGCGUGGCUUAUCUGGUGCUAAAGUUACUAGGCCUGGAAAGUUCCGUAGUUGUCAAGAUGGUUACGCUGUGAAGUCAUCAUUGAAAGCUGAAGAUGGAGUACUAUAUCCACUUGAGAAGGGCUUCUUCUUUCUCCCCAAGCCUCCUACUCUCAUUCUUCAUGAUGAGAUUGAUUAUGUGGAGUUUGAGAGACAUGCUGCUGGAGGUUCAAAUAUGCAUUAUUUUGACUUGCUCAUCAGACUAAAGAGUGAGCAAGAACAUCUCUUUCGGAAUAUCCAAAGGAAUGAAUACCAUAACCUUUUUGAUUUCAUAAGUGGAAAAGGUUUGAAAAUAAUGAAUCUUGGAGAUGUUCAGACUACAGAAGGCGUUGCAGCUGUUCUUCAGAAUGAUGAUGAUGAUGAUGCUGUUGACCCGCAUCUUGAGCGGAUCAAGAAUGAAGCUGGUGAUGAGACUGAUGAAGAGGAUGAAGAUUUUGUUGCAGAUAAGGAUGAUGGUGGCUCUCCAACUGAUGAUUCUGGAGAGGAGGAAUCUGAUGCUAGUGAAAGUGGAGACCAAAAAGAGAAUCCUACCAAAAAGGAAGUCAAGAAAGAUUCCUCUGCUUCUAAGGCACCUUCAGCUAAAAGGAAACCCAAGGAGGGAGAUGAAAAGAAGAGAAAACAGAAAAGGAAAAAGGACCCGAAUGCACCAAAGAGGGCAAUGUCUGGGUUCUUUCACUUCUCACAAAGUGAAAGAGAUAAUAUAAAGAAAACUAAUCCUGGAAUUUCCUCAACUGAUGUUGCGAGGGCCCUUGGAGACAAAUGGAAGAAGAUGUCAGCGGCAGAGAAGGAGCCAUUUGAGGCAAUGGCUCGUGAUGAUAAGAAAAGGUACAAAGAGCAAAUGGCUGACUACAAGAAUCCAACGGCAAACGCAAACCCAGGGAAUGGAUCAGAUAGCGAGUAGAUUAAGGAAUUUCUGGCAUUGUGAAAGCGAAAAGCUGAAAAUGCCCUGCAGCGCCCAUGUAUUGCUAAUAUUUUUGACACAUUUUAGUGGUUGCCUAAUGUAAUGCAUCUAUGUUUUACACUUGUAAAAGGAUUGGCUCCAUGUUAGUAGUUUCUCUCUUACCUUUGUGUCUUGAGACCGUCUCAAAAUUUAUUAGAUUUUUUUGUUUUUUUAAUCCAUGUCAAGAUUUUGUUUUUUGUUUUAAAUCMUGUUCACUUUGGAAAGUGAAAUGUUGAAUGCCCAUUGCAAUGUCGUCAAAUUUUGAACUCAA